UUGUAAUCCCUUCGUGGCCCUUCAAAUCUCCGCCAUGGUAAAUGCUUUUUGCUGUUUCUAAACCAGAGCUUCAAUUACCAAUCCCAUGGCUGCAAUUGCAGCAGGGCUAUCUUCAUGGUCAUCAUCCAAGCCCUCCCUGAUUCCUUCCCAGCACCAAAUAUCAUCACCAUCAUCAUCUAAUAAGGUUGACGCUAAGCCUUGGAGCCUCUCCAUCACCAGCAGUUUAAAAGAAGAUAUAAAAAUCCAGUACCCAAUCUCCACAACAAAACAAUGCCCAAAUACUCAGAAACACUUGAAUGCCACCCUGAGAAGCCCAAGAGGCUUUGGACCCUCCCCAAGGAAAAAGAAAAAGAUCACCGAGAAGCCGAAGAAGACCCGAAACAAUGACAGCGACGAUGACGACGACGACGACGACGAUGAAGAUGAAGAUGAGGAGGAAGGAGAGGAAGGAGUGAUACCGGAGAUCGUGACCAACAGGAUGAUUGGAAGGAUGGGAUUCACAGUUGGGCUUCCAUUAUUUUUGGGCCUCUUGUUUUUCCCUUUCUUUUACUAUUUGAAAGUUGGCCUGAAAAUUGAUGUGCCCACGUGGGUGCCCUUCAUUGUGUCAUUUGUCUUCUUUGGGACAGCCCUAUUGGGGGUCAGCUAUGGGAUUGUGUCCUCCAGCUGGGAUCCUAUGAGGGAAGGCUCCCUCUUGGGUUGGACUGAAGCUCAGAAAAAUUGGCCUGUCUUUUGGCAGUCCCUUCGUGGUGGUGGAUCGAAAAAGGACUAAGCACCACAAGUACGAGUUACAACUUACAACUAAAUUUACAGUCAUCGUUGUAGCAUCGUCUUCUUACUCGUACAGUCAAUUUUGAAAUAUUUUUAAUCUUUUCUUAUUACAAACUAUUGUUUCUUUU